CUUCCUCCGGCGUUCGAAGCAUCCGGAUACCCUCCAGUAGACAUGUUCCCCGUUGCAUCCUUACUUACCACCGUCGUCCUCGCGUUGUUCAUCGUGGCCGGCGCGGUUGAGGUUCGCUCUCCGUCGAUUACGCUACCGUUCGCAAGGAGCCUCAACACAAGGGGUGGUACCCUCAACCUCCUGGAGCACGAUCAAGCUCGCGCAACUGCUCUUCGUGGUCGGGGCAAUGCCUCUACUGCUGGAAAGCUUGACCGUCGCCAGGACAGCAUACCGGCCACUAACGAGGUAACCUCAUACAUUGCAGCGGUUGGCGUUGAGAACCUGAUCGUCGACACCGGAUCUUCAAACACCUGGGUUGGAGCUGGAACUUCCUACGUAGUGACGAGCACUAGCGUGAACACUGGUGAACCUGUGUCCGUCCACCACGGCUCUAGCUCCUUCUCUGGAACGGAAUAUACCGACACCGUUACCCUCGGGUCCCUCACCAUAAGCCAGCAGUCGAUAGGUGUUGCUUCGACGUCGACUGGUUACUCAGGAGUAGAUGGCGUCCUCGGGAUAGGUCCAGAAGAUUUGACCCUGGGUACUUUGACUAAUCAGCCAUCCACUCAAAUCCCUACCGUUACCCAGAACCUGUUCGCGCAGGGAACGAUUCCCGAGGAAGUUGUUGGCAUUUCCUUCGAGCCAACCACCACCUCGUCAUCCGUGAACGGGGAGUUGACGUUUGGCGGUACUGAUUCCAGUAAAUACACCGGUACCUUGAAUUACACGCCCCUCACCACCACCAGCCCUGCUUCGAACUACUGGGGUAUUGACGAGAGCAUCGCCUAUGGUUCGACAACUAUCUUAUCGAUGACCGCUGGUAUUGUUGACACUGGUACCACUUUGAUCCUCAUUGCUUCGGAUGCCUUCAACCAGUACCAGUCUUUGACUGGUGCCGUGUUGGAUUCCGCCACUGGCAUGUUGCAAAUCACCACUUCGCAAUACGAAGCGCUCCAGGACCUCGACUUUUAUAUUAACGGUGUCACCUAUACUUUGACUCCUAAUGGCCAGAUCUGGCCUCGUUCCCUCAACACGGCCAUUGGUGGCAGCGCCUCUAACAUUUACCUCAUUGUCAAUGACAUUGGAACAAACUCUGGCUCUGGACUGGACUUUAUUAACGGCCAGACCUUCCUCGAGCGGUUCUACAGUGUCUUCGACACUGCCAGUAAUCGUGUCGGGUUUGCUACGACGCCCUAUACUGAUGCUACCUCAAACUAAACAUUUAAUAACUCGCAAGGGGGGUAAGGCCGGUUGUAAGGGCAAUACAUUUUCUGCGGGUUUUUCAAAUGUUGCGGACCAAGAUGGUUACUCGGGAAUACAGGAAGCUAAGCGUUACAUGGUACACAAUUUUUCUACUUCUGCCAAGCGUUCUUCCUGGCCACUUUCCUCUAGCAAUUGAUGGCUUUCAUGUUCAAUGUUUGCAACCUACCGUUUUCAGCCAACAGUUCCACACGAUGAGACUAUCGGAAGUCCAAUGACUUGUCUUCGAGACAAGUCCAAAGUCACGCAGAAACCAGAUGCUGU